AAAUGUUUAUUCAAGUUAUACAAGGAUCCAUCUUUCACUUAAAUGAAGAUCUUCUUGGUAACCGUUAUCAGCUGGAAAUAUUAGAGAAUGCUCUAGUAGAAAUAUUUAUUAAACCUAUACCUAAUUCAGGUGGCAAUGUAUGUAAUAUACCUAUAGAAGUACUAGUAUUUCAAGACAAUAAAAGCAAACCGUUUAUCUCUUCUACACCUUUUAUAAAUUCUGAAGGCUUUUGUACAAUGCAGUUUAAUUUGAGAAAAGGGAAAUAUGUAGUAAUUCCUGUGCUUUUAAAGUGGGAUAAAGUCAAAAGUACAACUUCUAGUGAAAGUUUAGAUUUUGAAUCUUUGUUGAAUAUUGAUGAAAAGAAACAAGCUGCAUUAACACCUGAUUGUGAAAGAGCAUUAAAAGAAAUAUAUGAUUUGAUUGAUCUUGAUGGAAAUGGUCUUCUUAGUCAAACUGAAUUUGACUUAUUCAUUCAGCAUACAUCUGGAGAAACUGCUGCUGAUGAGUGGUCUACAAUUGAAGAUAAUUUUAAAAUGGAAGAUGGGCAGCUAACAUUUGAAGGUUUCUUGGAAUUGUACACAAUGGUUAUUCAAACUGAUCCUGCUGAUGUAAAAAAUAUGUUUGAACAAAUGGGAAUGAAUGAGUCUUUGGAACUUGCAAAUGCUCAGCCAUUUGUGUUAGUAGCUAAAUCUAAAACAACAAAAUUUGUUUUGAGACCAUUAUGUGUGACCUCCUACUGUAACAUUGCUGAGAAAGUUUUGCGGAAAAUGGCAGUUGAGCAAGGCAAUUCUCAUAAAGUGAAAAAGAUGAAUGAUUUAUUACUAUACACUCACAAGCUACAGCACAGAGUCACAAUAGUUAUUCAAAACCAGAGAAACAGAAGGUACUGUUGACAUGUUGGCCAUGGGUUCUUUGGAUAUUUUAAAUUCACCUAACAUUUUUGAGAGCUUCCAUAACAGCCAGCUAUCCAGAUAUUUGAUCAUUCCGGACACUAGACAUCCAGAUUUUGGACUCUGUACUCUAUUUUGCCAUCUAAAAUGGGUUUGAAUAAAACUGUUCAAAAAUUUAGAAUUUGCAUUUUCCUGUAAAAAUUAUUGCUAUAUUCUAUUGUUUUUGAAUCAAGUUGACAAUUAAAUGAAUAACUCGUUUAACUCAAACUCAGUUUGUUGACCAUAUGCUUGUCAUCACAUCCUUGUUUCUUCUCACUCCUCCCCUUCUUUUGAGUACAUCCUGAAUAUCUUGAUGUGAGUAAAUACUAUAACUUUCAUUAUCUGAAGUCCUCCACGAAGGCAUGCCUCCCCUUAGGCAGAUAGCCCUAGUGUGCUUUGCCGUAUUCACAAUACACCUUCAUUAUCUGAACAUGGUGAAACCGAUACUGAUACUAACUGGCUGCAGUUUUUUAUAGCUAUUCCUGAUAAUUUUUGCAGCCAUGAUUUCACUGGAGUCUUGACAAUUUUAUAUACUAUAAAGUAUUUCAUCUGAUGCUGUGACUUAUCAGCAGUUUGUAGAAUUUUAGCUUUCAAAAAGUCAGACUUCUUAAAUUUUUUUAACUUCAUUUGAACAAUAAGUGAUGAAAUCCACUGUAUUAAAAACUGUCUUUUUCUAAAAAGGCAACACAGAAGGGAGGAAAAAGAAAAGGUGAAAAUUUUUUUAACACAGUGCAUAAAGUAUUUUAUGGUUUUAAAUUUUAUUAUACAUUACAUACAUCAUGCAUUCUUUUCCAAGUUCAGCAUUAUGUUGUCUAAAAAUAGUAAAAUAUACCAAUGUGUACUUUUUUUUAAAAUUCAGGAACUGGGAACAAAAAUGAACUCAACCAAAGCUGAAUUCUGUGAACAGACAGACAAAAAUGAAUGCAAUACAAAAUAAGAAUAUAAAAAAAUUCCCAAAGACUAUUAUUUUCCCCAUCACAAUGCUGCUUCUUUCACUUGCCUAGUCCUUUAUUUUAAUUUUUUAAGCUAUCAAAUUAGUACUGGAAGAAGUUGGCUUUUAUCUCCUAAAUUUAAUCCAUUAUCUAAUUUGAAUAUCAAUAUUAUUUAAAUUAGAUUGUAUUCCUAUGCAAACAUAAAUAAUUUACGAUUUGGAUUGUGAACAAGCAUAAGAAAACUCACUGCGUUUAUGAUUUUAUUCCAUUUUUACUCUCACUGUGCAAAUUUUGUAAUAAUAGUGGUUCAUGCAGUUUCUGGUGAUAUAAUAAUUAAAAUCUUUCAUACUCUGUCAAUCAUUAACUACUGCAGUUUACUGAUAUUCAGAAAGAAGCUCAUUCAUCUGAAGAAAUAAAUGUAUUAUAUUCAGUACUGUGUAUAUUGCCAUUUUGGGGGGAAAAAAAGUGCAACAUUAUUUUUAAAAAAUGCAAAUAGAUUAGAUUGCAAAUGUGAUAAACCAUUACUGAAAAAUUGCAGCUAAAGAUUCUUUUAUCUUGUAUAAAAUAGACAGCUACUGAAUUUAACUUUAGUGAGGUUUUAUUAAGCUAUCAUUAACUGCUCUCUUGUUACCAGACAUCUGAGUUAUAAUUUAUAUGAAAGAUUAAUAACUCCAUGCUUUUGCCUUCUUUUCAUGCAGAAAAAAAGAAUGAAGUACCAAUACUUGAAGCUGUAUAUUAUUUUUAAAACUUUCUACCUGGAACAAGUUUUUAGGCUUGAUUAUAGUUUUUCUAUAUUUAAAACUAAUUUUAAAUUUAUACAUAUGAAAUUGCAGAUUUUUCCCCUCUUUCUCUCUGCCCCCCCCCAUUUUUUAAUAUACAGCUUUAUUUUUAACCAAAAAUACAGAGGACAAAUUUUUAGGUUUGAUUAUAGCUUUUCUAUAUUUAAAACUAAUUUUAAAUUUAUAUUACACAUAUAAAAUUGCAGAUUUUUAUACUCUUUCUUUCUCUCUGUCCCCCUAUUUUUAACCAAAAAUAUAGAGGAAUUUAUUUUCAUGUAGUCACACAGUAAAGUCACAGUGAGAUUAGACUGUAACAAAAGUCAAAAUUGUCAGAGUCAUCAGAAUAGUCUUGAUUGUUACUUUGAGGUUCCACCAAGAACAAGCAUGGUGAGUACAUGGUGAA